CAGAUCAUCAGCUCCCUUGGGAGGAAAGAAGAGAUUAGGGAGUUCUUGGAGAACAUCCGCACAGACCCACAGUUUGCCUUUGACAGUCCAGAUGAGCUGUUGGAUGGAUAUCGGAAGAUCCUCGAGAAGGACAUAGAGCCAAAGCUCCCAAGCAUUGUCCUACAUGUACCCAAGCUGAAGAUUCAGAUCAAGCCUUCUCUGGAGGAUGAAGGAACAGCUGCAUUUUACAUUGCUGGAUCACAUGAUGGUAGUCGACCUGGGAUCUGUUACAUCAACGUAACUGAUUACAAGUCACAGCCAAAAUUUGAGAUGGUGGCUCUGGCCCUGCAUGAGGGGAAUCCAGGUCAUCAUCUGCAAAGCACUCACCUCCUCGAGAUGGAGGGCCUUCCUGCAUUCCGCAGGUACCUGGAGGAUCGACAGUACGGCAUCAUGCCAUCCAGGUUCACCUUCUACACAGCUUACAUCGAGGGCUGGGGCCUCUACAGCGAGCGGCUUGGUGAUGACCUCCACCUCUAUGAUGACCCUUACAUGAAGUUCGGGAUGCUGUCGAUGGAUGCGCUCCGUGCAUCCCGUCUUGUGGUGGACACCGGACUGCAUGCAUUCGGUUGGGCGCCCGAAAAGGCAGUGAACUUCAUGCUGGCUCACACUGCUGCCUCUAAGCGCACCUGUGAG